AUGGGUUCUAAUAAAUAUUAUGACGCAAAUUUCAAUGAUAAUGUUUCCUUAGAACAAGAAAUAAUUUUAAGUAAUUCUGAAAGAUUAAGUAAUGUAUCUAAAACUUCGUUUAACGAAAAUGUUAAUACUGAUGCAGAUACACAUAUUCGAAGUUUUGUAUGGAAAUUCUUUGAUGAAAAAGAUAAUUCCAGUGGACCUGAUAAAAUAAUAGCUUGUAAAAACCUUCUUUCUAAUAGCAAACUAUGUACUGUUACAUAUGCAGCUUUGGGUAGUACAAAAGAAGAGGAAGAUUAUUUUGAAGAAUCAGAUAAUAAUAUUGAUGAGAUAGUCAAUCCUAUUACACAUUAUCAAAUUAAUAUUAAUCAACCUAUGUCUACAGAAGGAAUAAUUAAUCAAGUUAAAUCUAUAAUUUCACAAGCUUUAAACAAAUAUUGGGAUGUACCUUCUGAAAUUAGUCUUAAAGCUUCAUAUUUGGAUUCGAGAUUUAAAAAUUUAUUAUUUACUACAAGAGAAGAGAAACUUAAAAUUGAAGAAAUUCUUCAUAAUGAAUUGCAAGAGAUGAUUGAAUCAUCAUCUCUAAUAACUUUAUCAGUUUCGCCAAAUGAAAAUUCAAAUACUAUAAUCAAUGGUAAAUAA